AUGGGUAAAGGUAAUGGAAGUCUCCAGAAUCGAAUUUUUGGUGAUAAAAAGUUAGAAAACCCUAAACAUGUGUUUGCAUUAGUGAUUUCCACAUUAAAAUAUAAAGAUUAUGUGAUGAAAAUUAUCAAAAGUUCCAAGAUCAAAGAAUCCCCAGGAAUAAAACGUCUUAAACUCAGUGAUAAUAUGUUAUGUUUGUUGGUUUAUGAUCUAGUGUUCUCCAAAGGAAGAAUCCAGAGUGGGAAACACCCUAUAAAAGAUGAAAUCUUGAAACAUAAGACUAGACUUCAUUCUGAGUUCAUUAAAAUGAAACUAAAAUAUAAAGUCACUGCUAUUGAAGACUUACCUAAUGUCAAGGGAUUGGAUGACGAAACUCCUGUCAGAUGGUUCCGUAUCAAUACCAUAAAGAUCUCCGUACCAGAGUUCUUCUCAUCGCAUGAAUUUUUCAGGAAGUUGCAACCGAGUCUGGGCUUCAAACAUAUUAAGGAAGGGAUGAUUUAUGAAGAUGAAUUCAUUCCCAAUUUGUAUGGGGUUCAUCCUAGGGAGAAGAUUAUGGACACCCAAGCUUAUAAGGGAGGAGAAAUCAUCAUUCAGGAUCGAGCUUCAUGUUUCCCUGCCACGAUAUUAUUCCUGAACUUCCAACCAAAAGAAGUUAUAGAUGGUUGUGCAGCUCCCGGGAAUAAAACCACCCACAUAGCUUCAUAUUUAGCUCAACAACCAGAAAAAGGAUUAGUUUAUGCAUUCGAGAGAGAUUCUAGAAGGGUAGAGACUUUAAAGAAGAUGUGUUUGACAGCUACUGGCGCUCGAGAUUUGAUCCAUAUAACUCAUGAAGAUUUCACAAAGACUCGGGUUGAAGAUUUCCCUAAUGUUGAAGGUUUAGUGAUGGACCCGUCGUGCUCGGGGUCGGGAAUUUUUGGUAGAGCCAUUGAAGAUGAGCAAGAGAAGGUUGAAGUUGAUAAUGAGAGACUUGAAAGAUUAGGAAGGUUCCAGUUUACUAUCAUGAGACAUGCCUUAUCCUUCCCCAAUGCUAAGAAGGUUGUUUAUUCGACGUGUUCGAUUCAUGCUCAGGAGAACGAACGAGUGGUGGUGGAUCUUUUGAUGGAUAAGGAUAUAGGGAAGAAAUGGGAGUUGGCACCAAGGGAGAUAGUGAUACCUUCAUGGGAAAGAAGAGGGUGGUCAGAAGAGUUCACUGCAUUGGCCGGGAAGAAGACUGUUGAGGAAUUAGCAGGAGGAUGUGUGAGAUCGGUGCCUAAGGAGGAUGGAGGUAUUGGAUUUUUUGCUGCUUGUUUUGUGAGAAAGGAUGCUACUGACGAAGAUGUUACUGACGAAGUCAGUGACGGCGAAGCCAGUGACGACGAAGCAAGCGAUGUCACAGAAACCUCCAACAAGUCAGAAGCCGAGUCAGAAGGUGAGUCAGGAGGCGAGUCAGAAGGCGAGAGCGGAGAGGAAGCCGAAUGGACAGGUUUCUAG